CCAAGUUGGGGGGUGUAGCUCACUCAGCCAAAGACAAUCAAAGAUGUUUGAGUUUCCAUGCGCAGUGACCAGGGAGGUAAAGCGUACAGCACUAGUACCCCUCCUCCUCCUCCUCCAGCUUCGAUCACCCCGGCCUCCUCACGGCAGGGAUUUUUUUUAAUCACAUUUGAUCAGAGGAAACACCUUUUUUCUGUCUGAUUAAACUGCUCACGCGAUGCGAUUUGUGUCCGCCGGAGGAAAGACGAGAAAACUAGAUAAGACCUGUUGGCGAUGAUGGAUUACUCAAAGGCGCAAAUGUCAAGCUUUUCUGAGGAGGGCAGCUCAGCCGGGUGUCCACAGCUCAGUCCUGCUGGGGUGAAGCUGGAGGCGGUGAUGGAGCAUCUGCAGAGACAGCAAGGAGCCAAACUGGAGAUGAACCUGCAGGAGAAACAUCUUCUUCAGGCUCAGUUCCUGUUCGCCCAACAUGCUGCCGCCGCAGCCAGAGCUCCCGGCUCCCGAUUAGACUCUGCGUUAUUUGGCAAAGUAGAUGGGCCGACUUAUCAGGCAGCUCAGCGAGCCUUGAACAGCCAUCUCAGCAGACUGGAUCCAGAUGAGGAAGGUUCAGAUGAGGAGGAGCAGGAAAUGGUGGAGCCCGAAGAGAAUGAUGAGGUGGAGGAAGAUGAGGACGAGGAGGAGGAGGAUGGGCCUCAUCAGCAGGCGAAGAGGCCUCGAAUCCCCUUCCCCUUCGCUCCUUAUUCCACACCUCAGUCGUCUGCUGUGAAGCAUCUGUCUGAAUCUCCAACUUCAGCCAUAAAACAGGAGCAGGAGGAGAGAGAGCUGCUGUCUCCUGCAGGCCAGCAGGCCUUCACGUCACCCAGUGGCUUCGCUGACUGGGGCUGUGAUGAGCCAUUCAAACAGAGAGGAGGUGCCAUCUGGCCUGAGGAGAAUGAAGGAGGGAAAAUAAGAGGCGAACCAUCCAGGGACUUUGCCAAGCUUUAUGAGCUUGAUAAUGAUCCACAACGGAAGGAGUUUCUUGACGAUCUCUUUGUCUUUAUGCAGAAACGAGGAACUCCUGUGAACCGUAUUCCCAUCAUGGCCAAGCAGGUGCUGGACCUGUACAGGCUUUAUAAGCUGGUGACAGAGAAGGGAGGUCUUGUCGAGGUUAUUAACAAGAAGAUCUGGAGGGAGAUCACCAAAGGGCUCAACCUCCCAACGUCAAUCACCAGUGCAGCCUUCACCCUCCGCACACAGUAUAUGAAGUAUUUGUACCCGUUUGAGUGUGAGAAAAAGGGGCUGAGCUCUCCAGGUGAGCUGCAGGCUGCCAUCGAUAGUAAUCGCAGAGAGGGCAGACGUCCGAGCUACACCAACAGCCUGUACCGCUACUCUCCCUCCCCGAGCUCUGCUCCACAUGCCCUCCUCUCCUCAUCCACAAUGCAAACCAUUCCAACUGGACACAAUGGCCUGCAUACAUCCGCUAGCCCAAACCUAAAGAGGAAGACAGAUGAGAUGUCAACCCCUGUGAUACCCAGUCAGCUGCCCAUGGCUCUGGCACUGGGGCAGCAGCAGCAGCAGCAGCAGCAGCUGGCACAAGCUGCCACAUUAGAGCAUCUGAGAGAGAGGCUGGAGCGAGGAGCAGGAGGAGCUGCCGCCGACGGUCCAGAGAAGAAAAUGAUGCAGCUGGCGGAGGAGCAGCAGCGCCUCAUGCAGCAGGCCCUCCAACAAAACCUCCUGGCCAUCGCCUCUCACUUCAACCCCAUGAAUCUCAAACUUAACAAUGGACAUGAAAGCAAACAGGAUAUGUCUCUGAAAAUCUCCACUAACGGAGCAGCGAGUAUCAGUGUGUCUGUGGAGGUCAAUGGCACCGUUUACUCAGGAAUGCUGUUCGCCCAGAAGUCAGCUGGUCCCGUGGUGUCACAGGCUGUAACUAUGGCAGGAACAAGUGGUUUCAGUGCCCUCUCCUCCUCACACAGUCCCUCCUCUUCAUCCUCCACCUCCUCAAAAGGACCAAAUUAAAGCUCACUGGCUUUUUAGCCUGUUCUGGAAAAAUGAUUACUCAUCAUACCUCUCUUGUCAGACAAGAACUUUGUGAAUUCCAGGGAAAAUCAGCGGCAACAUAUGGCGCAGUUCCAGUUUUUUUUAUAGCAUUGUUUUUCUGUUACCUUGAGUGUGCUUUAAAUGGCUUUCAAAACGACUCUAAUGUAGAUUCAGAUCACGGUUUACCUUAGUGCCUGAAGCAAAGUAAAUGUAGUUGGAUUCACGUCGAAAGGGCUUUACAAGGUUUGUUCAGAGGUGAUUUUAGAGGAGAAAAGUGCACAAUGAGAACUGAUGCAAAGUUUGUGUGUCGCUAAUUAUCCAACAGUUCUGUAGCUGCCUUUUUCCGGAGUAGAACAAUGUGCUGCUGAUGAAGACCAAAAAAGCCUUAGCUUAAUGUCAUAGCUCCUAUCUUGUUGAAGCAUUUAGUUACAUACUUUUCACAUCUGACCACUGGUUUCCACAGAAGUGUUGCAUCCUAAAAAAUCAAGUGGAAUUUAAAAGAAAUUAGUUGCAGUUUGUUUUAAUUUUUUUGUUCAUGUUUUUCCAUUGUGAGUUAUUUUACUUUUUUAAUUUUUUAUUUAAUCGUUUGGCUCCGCCUCAAAAUCACAAAACAUUUAUUUCAUGUCAGCUGUGAAUCAAAGGCAAGAUAUGAGAGACAAGGAUUGUGUAGGAUGGAAGUGAUACACAUUUACCUCAACUGACUUCCCUCGAUGUUAAGUUUCUCUGGGAUUUCUUCUGGACUCAGGAAUGUCCUCUGGACUCAUGACAUUUAUACUGUAUCUCAUAAUAUAUAUAUUGUUGUGUUGUAUUUGUAUAAACACAGAGAAUGUAUCGAUAAUUACCUCAAGCUUUUGACAAGUGAACACUGAAACAGUGCUACCUCACUCUAGAGAAAUAUGCAAUACCUAAUGCAGCAUGUGUUGAUUUAGCCAUCUGCUGAAAUCUCCCGUAUGUGGACAAUCAAGUAAACCUAUCAUUGCAAACAAAUGCCACUGUGAACUUGACAACUGUAAAGAAAAUUAAGCUUGAUGUUUAACUCUAAGUUUUUGGUCUUUGAUUAAUGUAUUUCUUGGACAUGUGGCCAUAAGGAAUAAAACAAUCUUGGCUGCUGUAAAAA